GUGAUGACCCCACCCCAUCGCUUCCAUCCCCAAUCUUACCAUUCUACCGUACCGUCCUCGCAGCUCCGGUUGCGCUCGCUCUUGCCACCGCUCUCCCGCCUCGCGCCGCCGCGGUGGCCAGCCAGCCAGAGCCAGCCGACGCCCCUCUUGCCGAUGGCGACGAAUCAUUGCGUUCUCCUCUGCCGCGCUCCCCGCCCCACGCCGACGCCUACGGCGGCGGCCCUCUCGCGGUCUCUCUCUUCAUCCGCUGCCGCCGCCUCCCCAUCCAUUGCCACGGCGACGAGCCGCCGCGGCCGUCUCGCCGCACCACCACCACCACGUAAGGCUGUGUAGCUACUCCAACUACUGCUAAAGCAGAAGACCAAACUGAGCCCGAAGUUGCAAUGGGGUACACCAUGACUGAAAUCUGUGACAAGUUCAUUGAGUUCUUCAUGCACAAGAAGCCAGAAACAAAGGACUGGAGAAAAGUAUUGGUGUUUAGAGAGGAGUGGCAAAGGUAUAAAAAACACUUCUACAAGCGUUGUCAAGUGCGCAUAGAUAUGGAAACUGAUUCUUCAUUGAAGCAGAAAUUGGUUGUACUUGCUAGAAAAGUCAAGAAGAUCGAUGAUGAAAUAGAGAAGCACAUGGAACUCUUCACUGAGCUCAGAGAUAAUCCAGCUGAUAUUAACGCUAUUGUUGCGAGACGACGAAAGGAUUUCACUGGGGAGUUCUUCCGCCAUCUUAAUUUCCUUGUGAAUGCUUAUAAUGGCCUUGAUGAGAGAGAUGGAGUUGCCAGGCUUGGGGCUAAAUGUCUAUCUGCAAUCCAUGCGUACGAUUGCACACUGGAACAGUUGGACAUUGAAUCUGCUCAGACAAAGUUCGACGACAUACUGAAUUCUUCUUCACUAGAGGAUGCCUGUGACAAGAUCAAGAGCUUAGCUAAGGCUAAAGAACUUGAUUCAUCAUUAAUUCUUCUUAUUAACAGAGCUUGGGCUGCCGCAAAAGACUCUACGACUAUGAAGGAUAAGGUCAAGGACAUAAUGUAUAAUAUUUAUACAACUACAAAGGAAAGCCUCAAGAGCAUCUCACCUCCAGAAAUGAAGCUUAUUAAGUAUCUGCUGAAUAUUGAAGAUCCUGAAGAGAGAUUUGGUGCUCUUGCAACUGCUUUCUCUCCAGGAGAUGAGCGUGAAGCCAAGGACGAAGAUGCUCUUUACACAACUCCCAACGAACUCCACAAAUGGAUCAAAAUGAUGCUCGAUUCGUACCAUCUCAACAAGGAGGAGACGGAUUUUAUGGAUGCGAGGAAGAUGAGCGACCCGGUAAUCAUCCAGAGAUUAAGUUUGCUCAAAGAGACGAUUGAGGAAGAAUACAUGAAGCAGUAUAUACAUCCCGACGAGCCGGAUUCCAUGGACGACGAAGAAUCGGAAGACUGAGCUUAUAUACGCGUAAGCCGACUCAGAACCCAUCUGGUGAAGAUUCUAGAGAUAACUUGACAGCACUGACGAUCCAUAUGAGCAGAUAGCCGAUGCCCUGCUGCUUUUGUUUACGAGAGAUGGAUGGUAGUUUGUAGCCUGCUAGUGGCAUUGUCAUAAAGGUAGGUACCUACCUUCUGUUAAAGGCUUAAAGGCAGCUCAGGUUUUCUGUUCUAGUGUUAAUUAGAAAUAUGAUGCUGCGGUUUUGCCGGUUUUGGAAUACGCGAUGCCUAGUCAAAUGUAACUGUUAACCAGGGGAGUAACUGUACUUUGUGCAAGUGAGUGAGACACAUAAUGAAGGUUCCACCAUCUUGUGCAUAUUGCCA